AUGUUUAUUUUAUUGCAUCUCUUCCUCGAAUGUCUAGGAUAAACCUAAACCUUUUUCAAUUUAGAUACAGGGAUUCAUAUUUUAAAAACACUCUAAGCAACCUCAGAACCAAACUCCAAAAUUAUAGUCAAAUUUGAAUAAGAAAAUUUUGAUUCUACAUAACUCUUGAUCUGUGAUUCAGAAAUCAACUUAUUAAAAGAGAAUUGUAUAUACGAUAUUAACUCUUUUGAUUUGAAAAGGAAUACUUAAGUUAUACAGCUAGUUUCUGGUUUGGAUUUAGAAAAUUAUUAAGAGUAGCUAUUAUCUAUGAAAUAAUUUAAUGAGUCUCCAUAAGUUUUGGGAACCUAUUCAAAAUAAGUAUCCAAUUUUUCAAUUACAAUACGCACAGUGAAUAUAUUCGAAUGUGCCUCGUAAUGUUAAAACGAUGGAAUUUGUAAAAAUGGAAUGUGUGACUGUUUGGAAGGAUAUUUUGGAGCAGAUUGCAGCAUCGUAGCUCUCGAUAUCACUAUGUAAUCUCUAUACCAUCGAAAUACAUUUUACUAUUAUAAUAUUUAAGAAUGCAACUAACAGUCUUGCUCUCUCAAUAUUAAAUUUACCUAAGUUGGUAAAUAUCGACAAACUUGUUAUGCGAAAGACUGGUACUUAUUAUAGUAAAAUUUGAUUGAAAAAAAAGAAAUACAGAUUAAUGAUGUCUAGUAAUGUUUGUCAAAAAUAAAUAAAGAAAAGUAGAAUCCUCAAUAAUUUUCAUAUUAUAUUUUUUACUUUGAAUCUGAUUGCGAAAAUUCUUAAUAAUCAAAUGAUCAGGAUUCGAGGAUUAUAUUGAUAAUUGUAAUAACAACAGUUGGUGUAUCUAUAACAUUUUGUUGUUGUAUUGUUUGCUAUUACUACUUAUUAAGAAAACGGAAAGAAGAACACUAGGUACUUCCUAUAAUGACCAUUUAUCCAAAAACAGAUAUUUAAAGAUAUCUACCUAAAUAAAUCUAUAAAACCUUAAUUACGUUAUAUCCGGGAUUGGCAUCUUCAGAUGAGUGUUUAAUUUGUCUUGAUAGAAUUAAGGAAUCUGAUUAUGUAAGAUUAACCUAUUGUACUCAUAUCUUUCAUGUGUAAUGUAUUGACAAUUGGUUGGAGAAAAAUAGAAUUUGCCCAGCUUGUAGAUCUGAACUUGAUGAAGUUACUUUGAUUAAAGUUGCAAAGUCUAAGAAGAAUGAUUCCCUAAUAUUUGAAAAUAAAGCUAGUCGUUUAUAUGGAGAUAUGGUUACUCCAAAUUUGACUAUGACUCCUCAAUUACGAUCUAUUGAGAUGACUGAAAGACUUUGA